AUGACAAAUGGGACCAUGGUGACUGAGUUUAUUCGCAAGGGCUUCUCAGACACGCCUGAGCUGAGGCUCAUUAGCUCUGCAUUUUUCCUUUUCAUCUACUUCUUCGCCCUACUGGGGAACGCCUCCAUCAUCGCAGCUGUGACCAAAGAUCACCGUCUCCACACACCCAUGUACUUCUUCCUGAAAAAUCUGUCCUUCUUGGACAUGUGCUAUACCUCAGUCACCAUCCCCAAGGCUCUGGUCAACUCACUCCUGGGUUCUGAAGUCAUUUCCUUUCGGGAAUGUGUGGCCCAGCUCUUUUUAUUCGUAACAUUGUGUGCAACUGAGUGCUUCCUGCUCACAUCCAUGGCCUAUGAUCGCUGUCUAGCCAUUCAAAAGCCUCUCCUGUAUGGCAUCCUGAUGAGUAAGAAGCUGUGCAUAGAGCUUGUCAUGGUGGCCUGGCUAAGCGGAGCUCUCUAUGCCAUUUUUCACACCACCAACACAUUCUCUCUCCUGUUCUGUGGGCCUAAUGUCAUUGACCAUUUUUUCUGUGAUAGUUCUCCCAUCAUGAAGCUGUCGUGUACUGACCCCCACACCAACGAGGAAGUUGGAUUUGUAGUGGGUGGGUGCAUCAUUCUUGGGGCCUUUGCCCUCACCAUCAUCUCCUACAUUCUCAUCAUCUCCACCAUUGCUCAGAUGCCCUCGGCAGGUGGCCGUGGGAAAGCCUUAUCCACCUGCUCCUCUCACUUGACCACUGUCAUUCUGUUUUAUGUCACUGGGAGUUUUGCAUACCUGAGACCUACUUCUCAUUACUCACCCACUCAAGGUCGACUGGUAUCAGUGUUUUACUCCAUUCUGACUCCCAGCCUUAACCCUGUGGUCUACUGUCUUAGAAAUGCAGACAUGAAGGUGGCUCUGAAAAAACUAUUUGUCUCAUCCAAGUAG